AAAAUCCCUAACUUUCCCCGCAUUCAAGUUGGCCCCCUGAAGUGUUCUUCUGCUCUGCCUGCCCCCCUCCAGGUUAAUUCAGUGCAAUUCAGUUUUAUUUAUAUGGCACCAAAUCACAACAACAAUCGCCUCAAAGUGCUUUAUAUUGCAACGUAAAACCCUUCAAAUGCCCUGAACUUCUGAAACCCCAGAUCUGUCUCCUGGUAUUUGACUUGCAUUUGAUCUUAUUUGCUUAUUGAUUUUUAUUUUGUCUUGCAGAAAUAAUUUUGAAAAAGUCUACUUUCACAACAAAAUAAACAGACAUAUAAUGAUGGAAAAAAUUGUCAUUUUAUCAUGAUGUUUGUCUCAAUAAACCUGCAAACUUCAGCUGCUCUUGUAGCCACAUUCUCAACAAAACAGCUAUUUUGGUAUGCAGAGAAAAUGACAUCAGAUACUGAGACUUGUUCUGACGGCAUCAUUGUUUUGCAUCGAUGAUAUUAGGAGUCAAAUUCAGGUGGCAGAAUAAAUUGCCUCUUUAGUUUGUGCAUUCUCAAACAUCACACUGAAACCUGGUUGUGUUUUUGUUUUUUUUGUUUUUUUUAAACACAAACUAAAGAGAAAUAGAAGAGAGCUGCAUUAUACUUAUCUCAGCUGACAAUCUUCACACAUUUGACUUCCUAUAAUCUAUUGUUGGCCAGAUGUGCCAGAGGAGAGUGAAGUCACUGGCAGGAAGUGACCUCACAAACCCCACACAGCACAAGUAUUUAUCUUUAACAAGUCAAACCUUUAGAUACAGUGUCAUUAGUGUGUAUGAGUACAGAAGAAGCACCAUGGUCCCAUUCAGAUGGAUUGAAGUGUCUUUAUUCUCUCUACUAAUACUUCAGUGUAGAGGCAACAAUAUAACAGCAACACAACCAUUAACACCGCAAUCAGAAAAUACAACUAUAAUUAAACCUACGUCAACAAAUGGAACAGAAAGGACUUCAUCAGGUGACAACACAACAGCACCAAAACCCACAACAUCAACAACAACAAAUACAACUACUAUUGAACCUACAUCAGCAAAUGGAACAGAAAGGACUUCAUCAGGUGACAACACAACAACACCAAAACCCACAACAUCAACAACAACAAAUAAAACUACUAUAUUACCAUCAAGCGAACCUACAACAACAGCUGGAACAACUGGAAUAAAAUAUACAGAACUUUGGAAAUGGUUUAUCAUUGUUCUUGUGGGAAUUAUGGUACUAAUACUUGCUAUAGUCAUCACCACAUGGAAAAAAUCAAAUGGAAGCAAAACACAGGUGGAAGAAGCGACUAAGGUGGCGGGUGAACGCAGCUGCCAAAUAAAUGCUGAUGAUGAAGAUGUCUCCUAUGUCUCUGUCAGAUUUAUCAGGAGGUCCAAGUGUAAAGCCAAGGUCUGUAAUCAUAAUGAUGAUGAAGAUGACACUGUGACUUACAGCACUCUGAAAUUUCCUUUCUCUUCUGAUGGCGUUUCCACUGAUCCCAGCAACCUCUAUUCCACCGUCAACAAACAAAAGAAACAAGUUCCAGCCUGAAGGUUACAUUCUUUUUUCUGAUCGAUUGUUUGCAUUAUAUGAUAAAUAUGUGAAAAACAUUUUUAAAUUUUUUUUUAACUAUAAAAAAAAGAAAGAAAA